CGCAGAUCGGACGCGCGCGCGUGCACUUCUUGCUAUAUAUAUAUAUAUAUAUAUAUAUAUAUACAAAUCGACGAGGCUUCGAAGCUAACUGUUGAUGUGCCUUCGGGAAACGGGUUCUCUUAUCUCCGCGUGACACGCUUACGCGGAUCACGAUGAUGGGACAGGCGUGACUGACCAACGCUCUGACCAGGAUUUCGCGUGUCUAGUUGGAUUUUCACUUCCCGGUAUACUUAUACAUGUGUAUGUGAGUGUUUGUUCAGUGCUGGUCAAGGUAUGCAGUGAAGUGCUUUUGCAAAGAAUCGAUGAAUAUUUCUGCUGGGUUCUUGAAGCAAACUCGAGACGAUGUAGCUUUCUGUCGUGAGAUCACGCACCACCGCGAGUGUGUCUGAUGACCUUGUGCCGAGAGAGAAUAUGUAUAUGUGUAUUACAGUCCAAAGUGUAUCGAAUCGAUAAAGCGGCUGAUAAAGCGCGUUAUUAGCCAGAAGUGAAUUUCUGCGGAAGAAAAGAAAAAGGAGAGCGAGCGCAGAGCGAAGCUUUCGACAUCAUGACUUAUAACAUUAUCGGACCGGCGAAGCCGAGCGAACAAAAGUGACUCUUAUCCACGCGACACUGAGAGACACAGUGCGAGUGAGAGAGAAAAAAAGAGGCGCGAGUCGCUGCGAGUGAAAACUCACGCAUUGGUGAAUUGGUGUCGCGCACAUUUCACUACGCAUUAUGAUUGCCGAAUGGCUGGACACAUGGUUCGGAAGGCCAAAAAAGACGGGCCGGGGCGGUGGCUCAUAUGCGAGCACUAUGCCUCGGCCACAUUCCGGCGAUGACUUCAACGAGGUCGAGCAGCAGCGCUGCAUGAUCGAGAGGAUGGAUGAAGAGACGACGAACGACAAGUUCGAGGAACUUUUGGCAAACAUGAACCUGUCGGAGGAGAAAAAGGAACCGCUGCGACAGCAGUCCGAGCGAAAGAAGAAAGAGAUGCUGAUUCUGCACUACAAGGGUAGUAUCCAGGACAGUCGAAACAAGUUCGACAAGCCCGCGGACUACAUACAGUACCUGUCCCAGCCGGACCUGAGCAUCAACAAGAUCCACACGUGCAUCGAGUCGCUCAGGAUCGCGUUGACCAACAACCCACUCAGUUGGGUCCAGGAGUUCGGCACCAAAGGCCUCAAACAGGUCCUCGUCAUCCUCAACGAAUGCUAUCGGAAUUCUUUCAUUCAUUUUAAUAGUGACAGCCGAUACGAGAGGAUCCAGUACGAGUGUAUUCGUUGCCUGAAGGCCAUCAUGAACAAUACCGUCGGCAUAAAGGAGAUCCUGGCGCAUCACGAGGCCCUAACGAUAGUCGCCCGCUCGCUCGAGCCCAACAAGCCUUCGGUCAUGUGUGAGGCGGUGAAACUACUCGGUGCCGUCUGCCUCAUAUCCAGCGACAGCCACAAAAAAGUUCUCGACGCUAUAACAAUGAACGGAGAGUUCAAUGGCAGGGACAGGUUCCUGCCCAUCGUCCAGGGCUUGAUGAACAAGCAGAAUGAAAAUCUGAGGGUGGUAUGCCUUCAACUGAUAAACUCCAUCAUUUCGUCGGCGGAAGAGUUGGAUUUUCGAUUGCAUUUGCGAAACGAGAUAAUGAGAGCGGGGUUAGCUGAUAUCUUGGAAACGUUAGAAGGCGAGGACGAGUCGGAAGAUCUAGUGAGGCAUUUGAAAAUUUUCAACGAUUACAAAGACGAAGAUUACGAGGAAUUCGUACAAAGAUUCGAUCAUGUUAGGUUGGAAUUGGACGACGUAAACGAUUGUUUCGAGGUGGUAAAAAAUAUGGUGAUGGAUACCGUCGCGGAACCUUAUUUCUUAUCCAUCUUGCAACAUCUACUGUUUAUCAGAGACGAUGCUUUGAUUAGAUCUGCCUACUACAAACUGAUAGAAGAGUGCGUGUCGCAAAUCGUGCUGCACCGCUCGGGCUGCGAUCCUGACUUUAGCGCAACGAAGCGCUUCCAAAUCGACGUACAACCCCUAAUCGAGACUCUCGUUGAGAAAUCUAAAGCCGAAGACGAACACCGACUCAGCGAGAUGUCACAAAAGCUGGAAGAAGCAAUCGCGCGGAAGCAAGAGGCCGAAGCAAAGCUCCAGCAUGCGGAAAAUGUUAUUCGAGAGCUUGAAAAGGGCACCGGCAGGAGUGCGAGCAGUUUACCGAAAUCAAAUAACUGCCCACCACCGCCACCGAUGCCAGGAAUGGGAGGUGGACCGCCUCCGCCACCGCCGCCCCCGAUGAUGGGUAACUUUGGUGGCGCUCCACCACCACCACCUAUGCCAGGCAUGGGUGGCCCACGACCACCACCACCACCCCCGAUGAUAGGUGGUGGACCAGGUGGCGGACCACCACCUCCUCCGAUGCCUGGUGGCAUGGGCCCACCUCCACCACCAAUGAUGGGAGGGCCAAGGUUACCGAUGGCCAAUGCCGUUCAAGUGCUACCGCACGGACUGAAGCCCAAGAAGAAAUGGGAAGUCGAGGGUCCUCUUAAGAGGGCCAACUGGAAGGCUAUUUUACCGCACAAAAUGACAGAGAAGUCGUUCUGGGUAAAGGUACAAGAGGACAAACUUGCCAGUCCAGAAAUAUUGAACGGAUUAGCACAGAAAUUCUCGUCCAAACCAGCGCAUAAAAAGAUGGAUGACGUUGUUGAUAAAAAUUCAACGUGUUCCUAUUUUAGAUCAGCACCAUCGAAAAAAGUCAAAGACCUUAAAGUAUUGGAUGGAAAAUCCGCGCAGAAUAUUUUAAUCCUUAUCAAUGGUACUUUGAAACACAUGUCGUAUGAUGAAGUUAAAACCUGCUUGUUGCGUUGCGAAGGACCUGUAAUCCACGAUAAUAUUCUGCAAGGAUUGAUACAGUACUUGCCGCCACCUGACCAAUUGACGAAAUUACUAAAUUACAAGGAUCAGUAUGACGAUUUAACGGAAGCGGAACAAUUUUGCGUUAAAGUAUCGCAAAUAAAGAGGUUAUUACCACGAUUGAGGAGUCUCAGUUUUAUGUUGAAGUAUGACGAGCUCGUUCAAGAUGUAAAACCUGACAUCGUGGCUGGAACAGCAGCGUGUGAAGAAGUCAUGAACAGUAAAAAGUUUGCUAAAAUCUUAGAGCUUAUUUUACUUCUUGGAAAUUACAUGAAUUCGGGAUCGAAAAAUGGUCAAGCUUUUGGAUUCGAAAUCAGUUUUUUGACCAAGUUGACAAGCACCAAAGAUAUCGAGAACAAACAAACCUUACUUCAUUAUUUGGUUGACACGAUAGAAAGAAAGUUCCCGGACUGCUUAAAUUUCUUCGAAGAGUUGGGGCACGUUGACAAAGCCAGCAGAGUAUCGUUGGAAAACAUACAACGAACGCUGCGACAAAUGGAUGCGAAUAUUCGUAAUCUAGAACAAGAUCUCAACAAUGCUAAGAUUCCACAAAGUGAUCAAGACAACUUUGCUAAAGUCAUGACGCCAUUCGCAAAGAAAGCUCGUGAGUCGUACGAAAUCAUGCAGAAUAUGUUUAAAAACAUGGAUGGUUUGUACAACGAAAUUUCUGAAUUUUUCGCUUUUGAUAAGCAAAAAUACACGAUUGAAGAAUUCUUUGGCGAUAUAAAGAGAUUUAAAGAUGAUUUUAUGCAAGCACAAAAGGAAAUAAUAAAACUUCGGGAAGCGGACGAGAAACAGCGACGGGCACGCGAGGCCCGUGAAAAGGCGGAGGCUGAGAGGGCGGCUCGAGCCGAACGCAAACGCGCUCUUGUCGAUAUGAACGCGCACGAGACGCAGGAAGGCGUGAUGGACAGCUUGAUGGAAGCUCUCCAGACGGGCUCAGCCUUCAGCCGCCCUGACCAACGACGCAAACGACAGACCCGAGCAGCCGGCGGUAAGUCAAGACUCGGGCCCAGGACCAAGAACUAUGUAAUGCUGGCGUCCAGGCUCAAAUUUGCUAAUAAAGCCUGGAAGUUCAAGCCCACUCUCAAGCAAGCAAAUAUAGAUGGACCGAAUAUUGAAAGUCACGACACGACGCGUACGGAUUCUAAUAAUGAAAGUUUCAACGAUUUUGGAAAGGAGUUUGAUUCCAUUAUCAGUGGUAUUAAGGGUCUGAUUGAUAACGAUAAUAAUGUUAGUCUGCUAGGGUACUCGACCGUUAGUGAUAAGAUAAAGUUAUAUUCAAAUAUGGGAGAUAAUAAGAAAGUAAUUCAGAUCCCCAAGUGUAAAGGUCAUAGAAGAGUUCGAAAACAUUCAAGCCUUUCAAAAAAAGCCGUAUCCGCGUCGCGACCAAAAAUAAUUGUCGGUAAGAGACCUAAACGUAAUGCUUUUGUAAGACAAGCUAUAAUCAGACGGCGACGAAAAGUCGUGAAAAGGGCAAAAUCUCGUAGACUCGGGAAAUACUUGGGUAGUCCUCCGAAUGCAAAUGUAACUUUGCCAACUUUUCCAAAAUCUAUGAUUUCUCCUAAUCCGCGUAAAAUUAUUAAACCUCAUGUUUCGAUGUCUUGUAAUGAUUUGCCCACUGUCGUCAACGAAGCAUCGGUUGCUUUGUUGUUAAGUAAAUUCACAAAUGAACAGCAAAAUCCAAAAGAGAUAGAUGAGAAUGAUAACACACUCGACGUUUCUCUAGAACGUAGUUACGAUAAAUGUAAGGAACCGCCUAUUGAUGAUACUAUGACCGAAGCUAAUAGCAGUAACUUUUUAGAAAAAAAGACACGAAAAUUGAAAAGAUUUUUUACUUUUAGGAGUCAGAAAUUGUUGAGCGAAUCAUUUCGAUCAAUUAAGUCGAACGAUGGUAAAAAAGAUCCGUCACAGGUAAACGUUAUUAACGCGAUUUCGCCUCAGACAGAAAUUUAUAAAAGGUCCGUUAAUUGGAAAAUCUGGAAAGCUGAACGUAGGGCGCAAUUAAAUAGGAGUCGUUCUCGUACAGGAUUGGUUGGAACUGGACUACUGGGAAGGGAAUUAUCUACAGAACUUCUCAGUUCGGCGUAGCAAGAAUUCACUGUCGAUAGUCAGGCUGUGAUGAACUGUUUUUCACAAAAACAAAAUCUUCAGUUUAUUCAAUAAUUGAAGUAACAAUCGCUGCAUGGAAAUGAAUGUUUUGCAAUUACAAAAUAAGUAAUUACGCCGUCCAUACAGAUAUAUACUACAAUAGUAUAAAGGCAGAGAAAAGUAUUUUUUUACAACGAAAGAGGUUGUAAGAAGUUUUCGUAGAAGGUCUUGGAAGGGAACGAUGUAACUAAUUGCAAAAACGUCAAUCUAUGAUUGAGGAAGAGAGAAAAUGGUUGCUCGCUGUUAGACGACUACUGCUUUGUACUCAAAGACACUGCCACAGCUGGUUGUGCUACAAUUUCGACGAAUGAAAAGCGUUAUUGUGCCAAAAAUACGCAUGUGGUCAAACAAAUUACAAAAGCAUUAUUUUUCAUCUUUUAUUGAAAAUAAAAAUAUACAUGGGUAUAUCGGCAUGCUUCGCUGAGCAUUAGCUGCGUGUUAAAUAUUUUUUACAGUUAACAGAGCCAAUGUCAAGCAAAUAUAAAAGACUUUGUAUCUUAUUUGAAAAGUGAUUGUUUAGUUGAUUCACAAUCGUGCCUCAUAAUUGUUUUUGUUAAUCUUGAAGCGACAGGAAAUUUUUUGAGAAAAUUUUUUUAAAAACGUUCUUCUACAAGAAGAUGAAAUAUGAAGGAAAUAUUAUGUAUGUUGCCUUUUAUAAAUAUAGAUAUUGACAAAUCGCGAUAUAUAUUUUUUAACAUGUACAAAAGAGUAAUUUAUUAAUAUCAUAAGGGAAUCUGCCUUGAAAUACUUUUUAAGUAUAUGAUUGGCUUCUUCCUCACUGCAUUAAUUGGCAGGCAAUAAUUGUAUUUAUAAAUGUGAAUACGAAUUUUAGACUUACAUCUUGUUAUUACAUGCCACUGAUGCAAUUUGUAAAAUCAUUUAUUUAUUUUGCAUAAUUACUUUAAGUCAAAGCCUAAAAGAUAUAAAAAAUAAAUAAAUGUAAAAAUCAAUGUAACGCAUAUUGGAUUUGAAUUUUACAAGGAUUUCUAAAUAUGAUUUGUUUCCAACUGCCUUCAAAUGCAUGGAAUAUACAUUAUUUAGAAAGAUACUUAUGUAAAAAGAUAUUGUAAUAAAAUGAUUUUUAAUCUA